GUCUGCAUAAGUAAAGAUCACUUCUGUCUGCUAGGUUUCAGUGAUUCAGUAUUUCAGACAAAAAUCUGUAAAAAAUGUGGCGCCAAUUCUCACUUAGAGCUCUUUUAACAAAAGAAUCAUAUAACAAAUCUAGUUUCAUGCUUAGUUCUCAAUAUGAACGAAAUAGUCAUCGCGUAGCAUCCAAAAUUUGGUAUAGAACGUAUGCCAAAAUAAACCUUUGCCAUACAGCUGAUCGGCAUGCAGGAGCCUCGUUAUUUCUGACUUUUUCGCCAACAAUUAUAAAUUCCCACAGAAAAUAUACUGCAGAACUAGUGGAAAACAAAUCCGAAGAAAAAAAAUCGUUUGAUGAAGACAAUUGGCAAAGGAUUGGUGAUUCAGAAACAGUUGAAGAAUUUGACGAAUUCCAAGGAAUUUCAUUACAGCGUGGAACCACUGGAAUAUUUGAUAUAGAGGAGUUUGUUGAAAUUUUAAACCAACAGAAGCUGCAGGGUAUAGUUGUAAUUGCUGUUCCUUCACAGUUAAAUUAUGUGGAUUACAUGGUGAUUACCACAGGAAGAUCUCCUAAACAAAUGACUGCAGUUGCAGAAUUUCUAAGAAAAUUAUCAAAGAGGCGUUGUUUGACAACGGAUCCCUUGCCAGUUAUUGAAGGAAAAAACAACAAAGAUUGGAUUGCCUUAGAUCUAGGAAACAUCGCCCUUCACAUAUUCUCCAGUAAGGUCAGAAAGAUCUAUGAUCUUGAAACACUAUGGACAUGUGGACCAGAUUUUGAUGACCUGUCAAUUGAGAAGGAUAUCUUAACGAGCCCAAUGAACAGUUACACGUUUCCGAGUCAAAAGAGUGUGUAGUUUAAAAACAUCUUUGUUCUCAAUAGAUAAUUUUGUAUUAUA